AUGGCAGCUCAACUGGCUGCAUUCGUGGGAAAGAGAAUUUUGAAUGAGACUGCGAGGAACAAAUUUGGUCAAGAGGAUCCUUAUUUUGAAGUUGUCCCCGCCUCGCGGCUCGCUCAAGCCUUUGGCAAGAAGACAACCAGACGUCGCAAGGCCAUUCCCCCGGGCUUGUCCGAGAAUGAUGCCAAAAUUCUCAAUCGAGUCAAACGUCGGGCCUAUCGACUCGACUAUGCUCUUUUCAACCUUUGCGGGAUCCGCUUUGGUUGGGGUAGUGUAAUCGGGUUGUUCCCUUUUAUUGGAGACGGCCUGGAUACUGCGCUAGCCAUGAUGGUGGUUCGCGAUUGCCAGAACAUUGAUGGUGGACUUCCACCCCAGCUCUACAGCAGGAUGAUGUUCAACAUUGUCCUUGACUUCCUUAUCGGUUUGGUCCCGUUUGUCGGCGACCUGGCAGAUGCAAUUUAUAAAUGCAACACUCGAAACGCGAUCCUGCUUGAAAAAUAUCUUCGAGACAGGGCAGCCAAGCCAGAUAAAGCCCGGCAGAAUAACGGACAACAAAACCGUCAGGAACCGCGUCCCGUGGAUCCCAGUAUCCCGGAAGAAUUCGACAGAUACGAGGGCAUGCUGGAAAAUCCACAUAUCUACACAGCGGACACGCCCAACAAGGCCGCCGCCGGCCCUUGGUAG